GAAAAUUAAAAAAUGGAAAGUUGCAGAAGGGGAGAAAGCAAACACAUGCAUUUCCUGAGUAAUGUCAAUUCGAAAAAAAAAUUAAAUAUCGUAGAAAAAAAAAGUAUACUAGAAAAAGUCCACAUACUUCCCAUAAAAAGAAAAGUGGAAAAUGCAGAUCCGCUGUAUAGAGAACUACAGUUGAUGAUAAAUGAUAAGUGCGUCCUGUAUGAGGGCUUCAUAAUUGCCGCAAAUGGAGAAAAAGAAAAGGUCCCUGGGGGGGGAAACACACGGAAAGGUAUGAAGGAAGACCUAACAAAUGACAAGGCGGAAGGGGCUACUAAAAGUGAAAACCACAUAACAGGAACAAACCUGCUCGAAAAAUUAAGCAGCGACAAAGAGGGAACUUGCCCAAAUGGAGACCCCUGGGAAGUUGCGCAUAGGAAGGAAUCGAACAGUUACGCAGAAAAACAAAAUUCGAGUGAAAAGGACAGGAAAAACACACCCAGUAAUGACCACAUUUGCUUGCAUGAAAAACGCAAUAAAGACAAAUUAGCAGACGAAACUUCCCAUUUUAAAGAAAACACAGACUACUACGUUGUUGUGAAUUGCAUCCCUUCCAAGGGAAUCCUCACGCGGGACACCCUAAUUUACACGGAUGGAAAAUACGUGGACAAUUUAAAAAAAAUUCAUCUCAUAAUAAUACGAGAUAAAUACUAUAAAAAAUAUGAAAAAAAAUUGAAAAAAAAAUUUUUUUCUUUAAAAAAAUAUAUACUUAAAAAAGGCAAUCAAUUUUUUAAUGAAGCCAUGUCCCUCAUUCCGUUUUCCUUUGACCACUUUUCGAGCAAGUGCAGUUCAGAAAGGGGCAAGAACAACAGCACCUUCGGAGUAAAGCACGGGGAUACUGUCACGCCGCGCUCUUCCACCAUGAGGAGAAGAAGCCUCGUCUUGGAAAAAAUCCUUCUAACCUGUCUGCACCCCUAUUUCAAGAAAAACAGGACUAAGCUAUUUUACUCCGGCAAGCUGCUCCUUAUAAAUAAUUUUUCUUUCCUCGUCGUGAAGAUAGAUGCUGACGUGAACGUGGGCUUCGUGGACAACUCUACGGAGAUCUGCCUGAACGCAGACGCGUACGACCCGUUUAGGAACGUGCACAUCGUGCCCCUGUACGACACGCUGCCGACGACCUACAACUAUAACAUCUUCGCAGACUACAUCAAGCCGUAUAUAGAGAGGCACUACUUAAGUUUGUUUUCCAUGCACGACACCUUUUUUUACAAAGGGGUGCAAUUUAAAAUUAUGGGGAUCGACCCAAUGAAUAUCAAAUCUGGAAGAGGAAGAAUUACCUGCAACACGUUUAUAUACACGGAGGGGGCAAUCAAGCCAACCUUCUUCGACGUUAUUUCGAAUGAAUCUAUAAACUACAUUCAGUGCUUACCAGUAGAAUACAAGCCAUAUGCCGUUUUGAACAUUUUGCAACAGUUAGAUGCAGACUCUUUGUUACGGCUCUUCCCGUCGACUAACGCGAACUUGCAGGAGAGCGCCCUCAACGAGCAGCGCAUUCUCAGCCACUUGGAUAAAUACAAGUACGUGUAUAAGAACCACACACUGGAGGAGGGUCAGGGUGGGAAGAUGCUGCUAGACGUAGAUGCGGGGGAACACAUAGAUGCGGAAAAGCACAUAGAUGCGGAAAAGCACAUAGAUGCAGCAAAUAAGAGUGACAACUUUGCGUAUGAACAGUGUGCCGUUUGCUUCGAACAUUUUCAGGACUACGACAAGUGUAUUAAGUUGGCUUGUCUGCACACCUACCACUGGAAGUGCGUCAAGAGCUGGUUUCGGUUUAACCUCACUUGUCCCUGUUGCCGCCGCGAAUUGACCAUUUAG